AAAGACUUGCACGAGGAGCCAUUUUUCACCAUGCAAAAUCAUAUUCUUAAUCACAACCUUCCAUUUUAAUUCACUGCACUUGAGUUUUUGCUUGUCCUGAAUACAAGAAAUGGCCGAAGGAGUUCUCUUCAACAUUACAGAACGGAUCAUUGUAAGGCUUGGCAGCCGUGCUUUCCAAACGAUUGGAUCGAUUUGGGGUGUCCAAGAUGAGCUCAACAAGCUCAAGGAGACGGUUGCCGGAUUCCAAGCUAUUCUUCUUGACGCUGAGCAAAAGCAAGCCAACAACAAUGAAGUAAAACUGUGGCUCGAAAGCGUAGAAGAUGCAGUUUAUGAAGCCGAUGACGUGCUGGAUGAGUUUAAUACUGAAGUUCAACGAAGACAAGUGAUGCGUGACAAUGCUAAGCUGUCAAAGGAGGUGUGCAUUUUCUUUUCUAGCUCAAAUCAACUUGUUUUUGGGCUGAAAAUGAGUCAUAAGAUAAAAGAUAUUAACGAGAGGCUUCGUGAGGUUGCAUCUCGUAGAACUUUUCACUUAGAAGUAGAUCGUGAAGAUACACCAUUUAAAAGGAGAGAGAGGGUCACUCACUCAUUUGUACCUAAAGAAAAUAUUAUUAUAGGGAGAGAGAAAGAUAAAAAGGCAAUUGUCCAACUCUUGUUGGAUCCCAUCUCAACUGAGAAUGUGUGUUCCAUUUCCAUAGUUGGAUUUGGAGGAUUGGGAAAAACUGCACUUGCCCAACUCAUAUUCAACGAUGAGGUGGUUCAAAAUCAUUUUGAGUUGAAAAUAUGGACAUGUGUUUCUAAUGCAUUUGAGUUGGAUAUAGUUGUUAAGAAAAUCCUUCAAUCCGAACAUAAUGGGAUAGAGCAGUUGCAAAAUGAACUUAGGAGAAAAGUAGAUGGGAAGAAGUACCUACUUGUGCUGGAUGAUAUGUGGAAUGAGGAUCGAGAGAAAUGGCUUAGCUUGAAGUACUUGUUAAUGGGUGGCGGAAAAGGUAGUAAAAUCCUAAUAACCACUCGUAGUGAAAUCGUUGGGACGACAUCAGACACAGCUAAACCAUACACCUUAAGGGGCUUGGAUGAAAAGCAAAGUUGGUCUUUAUUUAAGGAAAUGGCUUUUAUAGAUGGAAAAGAGCCAGAGAAUUCAACAAUUAAGGAAGUUGGGAUGGAGGUUGCAAGAAAAUGUCAGGGAGUUCCACUCGCUAUAAGGACGAUAGGUGGGAUGUUGCGCACCAAACAUCACGAAAGAGAAUGGUUGUAUUUCAAAGAAAAGAAACUUUCAAAAAUAAGCCAAAAAGAAAAUGAAAUUUUACCAACACUUAAAUUGAGUUAUGAUGUGCUCCCAUCACAUUUGAAGCAUUGUUUUGCUUAUUGUAGCUUGUUUCCACCUGAUUAUAAGAUCUAUGUACAUAAAUUGAUUCAAUUUUGGGUGGCGCAAGGGUUCGUUAAGUCAUCCGACGAAAACGAGUGUUUGGAGGAUGUUGCGUAUGAAUAUUACAAUGAAUUCUUGUGCAGAUCAUUUUUUCAAGAAGAAAAAGAAGAUGAGUUUGGUAAAAGUUGUAAAAUGCACGAUCUCAUGAAUGAACUUGCAAUCUUAGUGUCGGGGGUUGAAAGUGUCGUAGUUGAACCGAACCAAAAGAAUUUUCAUGAAAAGCUUCGUCAUGUAUCUUUCAAUUUUGAUAUUAAUUUGUCAAAAUGGGAAGUGCCAACUUCCUUGCUAAAAGCAUGCAAGAUACGAACUUUUCUUUUGCUUUGCCAAAGGAGUUUGAGUGAUAUUGAUGGGUCAUCAUGUGAUUCAUUUUGUGCUACAAUUGUUUCAAAUUUUAAGUCAUUGCGGAUGUUGAGUCUAAAUGAAUUAGGAAUUAAAAAGGUGCCUAAUUGUCUUAAAAAAAUGAAACAUUUGAGAUAUCUUGAUCUUAGUGGUAAUCCCAUCAAGAGAAUUCCAGAUUGGAUAGUUGGACUGUCGAAUUUGGAAACACUAGAUCUCACACUCUGUGGUGGGCUUGAGGAAUUGCCUAGAGACAUUAAAAAAAUGAUCAACUUAAGGCAUCUCAUCUUGAAAAUGUGUAAUGGAUUGAGCGGAAUGCCACGUGGAAUUGGUGAAUUGAAAGGUGUUUGUACAUUGAAUAGAUUUGUUUUGAGGGAAAGCAAUUGUUUGUGGAGGGGCGGUAGUGCUGGUCUUGGUGAGCUGGGGACCCUUAAGGAAUUAAGGGGAGACUUGGUCAUAAAGAAUUUGAGGCAUGUGGUGUCAGAGUCAAAUGUUGGUACACCUUGCAAGGACAAACAACAUCUCCAUUCGUUAGGAUUGUACUGGAAAGAGGGAGAAGAUGUAAGCGCAGCUGAUGAGGAGGAUAUUAUAAAGUCAAUGGAAGUAUUGCAACCCCAUUCAAAUCUAAAGCAGUUGACAGUGUGGUACUAUCGUGGUGUGAGGUUUGCGAGUUGGUUUUCUUGUCUCUUAAAUAUUGUUAAUCUCGGAUUGUAUGGCUGUAAGAGAUGCCAACAUCUUCCACCCUUGGAUCAUUUGCCUUUCCUUAAGAAACUUGAUCUUCGUGGGUUGGAGAAGUUGGAGUACAUAUUACUAUCAGAGAAUGAGAGCAGUAAUAGUAUGAGUGAUGAGAUGAUGAGGAUCUCAUUCUUUCCCUCCUUGGAGGAACUCCACAUUUACAGAUGCCCUGUUCUGAAGGGAUGGUGGAGGGCGCACACUCAUAACAGUGCUUCUUCUUCAUCAUCAACGGAAAAUCUGUCCUUGCCUUCUUUUCCCUGUCUUUCCAACUUGUCCAUCAUUGAUUGUCCUAAUCUAACUUCCAUGCCUCUGUAUCCAAAUGUGGUUGAGAUACUACUCAGCUGCUCCAGCUGGAAGGUUGUUUAUUCCUUAUUUGUUAGAGGAGCAUCUGAUAUUACACAUGAUGUUGGUGUUGAUGUUUCUGCCUCUUCUUCUUCCCAUCAUCCCUCCAAAUUAACUUAUCUGUCACUCCGUGGAAUUGAAGAUUUGGCAUCACUGCCAGAAGAAAUAAGCAAUCUCACGUCACUGCAGUUUCUUCAAAUUAUUCAGUGCUCUAAUUUGGCAUCACUGCCAGAAGGGAUUCGUGGACUCCCCUGUUUAAAUACGUUGGUAAUUUGGGAUUGCCCCGUGUUAAGCGAAAGAUGCAAGAUAGAAACAGGUGAGGACUGGCUUAAGAUUGCUCACAUCCCACACAUUGACAUUGAUUAAGAUGCCAUGCCAUGUGGAUCAAAGAUUUCGUCGUCCACACUUUCAACUUUAAUUAUUUUUAUCAAUCUCUUUAUUUUCCUUAUUGAUUGCUUGGAGUGGUUGUAUAUGAUUUUUCUUUUGAUCAUCAGGGUUUAGGUACCAUGUUCUCCAUGUUGUAAUGUUUUUUCUUCGGUAAUAUAAUAUGGGCGUGAGGGCCUAGCCCCCCCCCAGCUUUGACUGGGUUCUAGCCCUCUUUAAAUA